AUGACCGGCAUUCUCACCAUAGUUGACCGAUUCAGCAAGAUGGCACACUUCGUUCCCCUCCCCAAGCUCCCAACCGCCAAGGAGACCGCCCAGGUGGUCCUGGAACACGUCUUCCGGAUCCACGGACUGCCAAAGGAUGUAGUUUCUGACCGUGGCCCACAAUUCUCCUCCGCCUUUUGGAAGGAGUUCUGUCACCUGCUGGGAGCCACAGUCAGUCUGACUUCCGGAUUCCAUCCCCAAUCCAAUGGGCAGUCAGAGCGGGCAAAUCAGGAGCUCGAGAAGGCACUGCGAUGCAUGACCUCACGCAACCCCAAAUCCUGGUCACAGCAAUUGACAUGGGUGGAGUACGCACACAAUUCUCUGACCUGCUCUGCCAUCGGUAUGUCCCCCUUCCAAUGUGUUUAUGGAUACCAGCCUCCUCUAUUUGCCAGCCAGGAAGGGGAGGUUACUUGCCCAUCUGCACUUGCUUUUGCCCGUCGAUGUCGCCGCACCUGGUCACAAGCCCGAGCCACACUCCUCAGAUCCGUUGCCCUGCUACACUACCGGGGCCAACCGUCGGAGAAUUCCUGCUCCCACCUACCAUGUUGGUCAAAGGGUGUGGUUGUCAUCGAAGAACCUGCCACUCAGGGUGGAGUCGCAAAAGCUGGCACCUCGAUUAAGCCCAUUCAUGAGAGUCCGCUGGUCCCUGCUGCGCCUUGUCCUCCUCCUCCACGGCUCGUCGAUGGUGGUCUGGUUUACACCAUCCGCCGCCUGCUUCGGUCCAGACGGAGGGGUAGGGGUCUCCAGUACCUCAUUGAUUGGGAGGGCUAUGGACCUGAGGAAAGGACCUGGGUGCCAGCUAGUCGAAUUGUGGAUAGGACUCUCAUCACCGCCUUCCACCAACGGCAUCCUGAUCAACCUGCAAUCCGGGCUGCCCCAGAGGGGUCCCUGACCGUCCUGCCCGCUCGGCUUCCUGUCCUGUGCCUGACCCUGUCUCGGGACCUGUCCCAUCUCCCGACCACGACCCCCUCCGGCUUCCUCCGAGGAUGA